UGAAGUGGCAAGUACCAAGCAAAAAAAUAAACCCCAAUCCCCAAUGCUCAGAUUCCUCUACCCAGUCACACCCGUCUUUGGUUUUUGAGCACACCACCCCCACACCCAGAAAUCUCACUCUCAUAAUAGAAAUUCCCUAGAAGAAGAAAUGAAAAGAGAACACCCAAAUCUCCAUCCCCAACAAAUCUCAGACCCAUCUUCUCUUGCUGUAGCUGGGUAUUCUACUUCCACUUCUACCAGUGCCAUGGCGCCUAAUACCGGGAAAGCUAAGAUAUGGGAGGAAGGAGCGGGGCAUCAAGCAGAUGGGGGGAUGGAUGAGCUUUUAGCUGUUUUGGGUUACAAAGUAAGAUCGUCAGACAUGGCUGAGGUUGCCCAAAAACUUGAACACCUUGAAGAAGUCAUGGGUCACGCGCAAGAAGAUGGUCUUUCCCACCUCGCAUCUGAUUCUGUCCAUUAUAAUCCUUCCGAUCUGUCUACUUGGCUUGAAAGCAUGAUUUCGGAGUUGAACCCAAAUCUCAAUUUCGACCCCUCUGCUGAUUCUUUACUUGCUCCUGCUGAAUCUUCCACCAUCACUUCUAUCGAUUUCUCCGACCGCAAACAUCAUCAGCAACAAAAGCUUUUCGAGGAAUCAUCAUCAUCGGAUUAUGAUCUGAAAGUCAUACCAGGUAAGGCUGUCUUUUCUCAGACCCAAAUAGACUCUAGAGAAUCUAAACGCUUAAAAACAGACCUAUAUCAGACAUCCUCUUCGUCAUCAUUGUCUUCCGCUACUACCCUUGGUUCUUUUGGGAUUUCGACCGAGUCGACUCGUCCGGUAGUCCUAGUUGACUCGCAAGAAAACGGUAUUCGUCUCGUCCAUCUCCUAAUGGCCUGUGCCGAAGCCGUUCAAGAAAGUAACUUUACCCUGGCAGAAGCGCUCGUCAAACAAAUCGGCUUUUUAGCUGUUUCUCAGGCCGGAGUCAUGCGUAAGGUAGCCACCUACUUCGCCGAGGCAUUAGCUCGGAGAAUUUACAAAUUAUGCCCUCAAAACUCAACUGACCACUCUCUCUCAGAUAUUCUUCAGAUACACUUCUAUGAGACCUGCCCUUAUCUGAAAUUCGCUCACUUCACGGCCAAUCAAGCAAUUCUUGAGGCCUUUGAAGGGAAAAAACGUGUUCAUGUUAUUGAUUUUUCUAUGAAUCAAGGGAUGCAGUGGCCUGCUUUGAUGCAAGCUCUUGCUCUUAGGCCUGGUGGGCCGCCUGCUUUUCGGUUAACCGGCAUUGGACCACCGGCUCAUGAUAACACGGACCACCUUCAAGAGGUGGGGUGGAAGUUGGCUCAGUUGGCGGAGACUAUUCAUGUGGAAUUUGAGUAUAGAGGUUUUGUUGCUAACAGUUUGGCUGAUCUUGAUGCUUCUAUGCUUGAACUCAGACCCACUGAGUCUGUGGCUGUUAACUCGGUUUUUGAGUUGCAUAAAUUGUUGUCUAGACCGGGUGCUAUUGAGAAGGUGUUAUCAGUCGUGAAACAAAUGAAACCGGAAAUUGUUACUGUUGUUGAGCAAGAAGCAAACCAUAAUGGCCCGAUUUUCUUGGACCGGUUCACUGAGUCACUACAUUAUUAUUCGACUCUGUUUGAUUCGCUGGAGGGAUCUGUGAGCACCCAAGAUAAGAUAAUGUCAGAGGUGUACUUGGGGAAGCAGAUUUGCAAUGUUGUGGCAUGCGAAGGGCCUGACCGAGUUGAGAGGCAUGAGACCCUGACACAGUGGCGAACUCGGCUGGGUUCGGCUGGGUUUGCUCCGGUUCAUCUCGGUUCCAACGCGUUUAAGCAGGCCAGCAUGUUGUUGGCCCUGUUUGCUGGUGGAGAUGGGUACAGAGUGGAGGAGAAUAAUGGGUGUUUGAUGUUGGGCUGGCACACACGCCCGCUCAUAGCCACCUCUGCUUGGCGGCUCAACACCAACCAACCGGUAGUUGGUGCUGCUUAGAGAGUCAAAACACACUGAGUCUACUCGUCCGAGUUAGGUCAACUCCUUUUCGAACCCCACACAAUCCAAACCCUAGUGCGGUUCUGUGUGAUAUGCUGAGCAGCUCCGGAGUUAAAGUGAGACCCCAUCACUUACCCCGCUUGUCUCUGGAUCACCUUUUGUUAAUUAGUAGCAGUAUUCUUUUCUUUUCCUUUGUCAUUUGUUUUUCUUAAAAAAAAAAUCGCCAGCUGUUCCCUUAGGUAUUUUCAUUUCAAGUCUUUUUUUCCUCUUGUUUUUUUGGGUGGAAUCUUCUGCGUUUUUCAGGAUGAAUCAAAAGGUGUAUUUAUUUA